AUGACACUUAGUUCGCUUAUACUCAAGGCGGUUCUUCUAGGUGUUCUGGGCGCUCUGGAUAGUGGACGGAGCACUCGUGCGUGUUCAGGUUGGUGUGAAUCCAACUUAAAUAUGUCCCACUGAUGGUGUCGCCAUCUUACUCUGCAAAUAACUCAGACAAAAAUAUAGUUUCCUCACAGUAACUCUUACUGGUAGUUAAGACUGACUGUAGCACAGCCUUAUAACUAAUGGAAAAAAUUGUAGAACUUCAAAUAUAUAUGAGCUUAAGUUAUCAGUCAUAAUUUUUAGUUAUCAGACAUCAGUUAUAUUGUUCAGUUAUUUAGUGACCCAAGGAGACUCUAAUUUGUUCUUCAUUCCUCCUCAAGCAGGGGCUUUUUAUUUUCCGUUACCUAGGGGUCAAUUGUCAAGCCUGCAUUAGAUGUCAACAUUUUCCUCACUUUCCUGAUGCAAAGGCUAGCUUUUACAAUUCAAACAUUUCUGUAGCUUUCGAGCUCAGAGAGAAAAUAAGAGUUACUGGUAUUUACCCAUUGAUUUUUUGUGCUUGAUACAAAAGUGGUGGGUAUACCACAUGCUUUAAAGCUUUUUCGAUCAGAAGAAUACCUGAUAUGUAUGAAAAUUCACAGUAUAGCUAUUUUUUAAAGGUAAAAGUAAGUUUGGCCUUUGUAUCACUCUAUUAUCAAUAUAGUUGGUAAACAUUGCUCCACAGUUUCUACUUCUAAUUUUCACCCAUGAUAUUUAGUCUCUAUGUACAAAAAGCUUGUGUGUAACUGCAUCAGAGCAUUGCUGUAGGCUGGCAGGUAAAUUACUUCUUAAUAAGUAUUGAUUCUGACACACAAAAUGAAUUUUUUUCAUGUGGCAGCAACAUUUUACAAAUAUGAAAUAGUGCAUUCAAAUAUAUUGCGCAUUGUGUCACAGGAGUUGAGCUGUAAGUGAAAGUCUUAUAGUUUCCCAAACUUACUCAGCGUUUGAGAUUUUAUUUUCAUCACUAAGAAUUAUCUCCAUUAUUACUAAAAACACUAAUCUCAAAAACCGUUCGAAUAACUUAUGUUAAAAAUUCAGAACAUAUUGCUCAUAUUAUCAGGCUCAAAACAAUGAAACAGAACUCACGUUAUCCAAGAUGACUCUUAUUUGUUGUGUUUUGUGCGUAGUUUACUCUAUGAAAUUUUCGAGGCCCAACGCCUUACGAGUUGAGUAGAUUGUUAGCUUCUAAAGCAGCUAUUUUUGUCUAGUUUUAUGUUAAAAGUAGUUCUUGAAAUUUACUGCGAUUGAGGUGACGAGUUUAAGGAGUUAAGAUAAAAACAACACGUAUUUAGAUUUCAACGAACAACACCAGAACUUUUCAGUUUACUCUGAAUGGAAAACUGAGAUUUAACAGAAAUAACUCUCCGAUUUCAGUUCCUGACAUCCGUGGAAAGAAUGGAAGCGAGCCCAGAAAGGUCAUCAAGGUUAACAGCGGGAAGAAUAAAAGACUCCCGUGCUGGAUCAAGAUCAUUGAUCCGAACCAAACGUUAAAGUAUUACUGGCUCAAGGACAAUCAGACACUCAGCGGAGGUCAUCAACGUACAGUCAGACGCUCACAGUUCAUCAUUAGAUACCUAAGGAUACGAAAGGCGAAGAAAGAGGACGCCGGCUUUUACACCUGUGUCGUGGUGAGCGACUGCGGCGAAAGUAAUCACACAAUACAGCUCAUUGUUAAAGGUAUGUGAACUUCAUAGGUUAUGUUCUAUGAUAUGUCAAAGAUUCAGUUGAUAGAUACAUCAAAGUCACUUGUCUUAUUAUAGCCACCUCUUUAUCAAGAUUAAUGCGUUUUCUUUCUCUGAGUAAUUUUUAUGCGAUUUUAGAGGAGACAAAGCCUCAAGACUUUGUGUCGUCAUACAUACUAAUGCUAAUGAGCGAGCCGGUAAAGUACACAUUCACUUUGCUUGUGAUAUUCGUUUUCGUGUAAAUCAGUUUUUCCAAGAAAUUUUUUUCUGUAAAUGAGUUUUUCCAAGAAGAAUUUUUCAAUAAAUUUCUGAAUGGAAAUCCUGUUAGUUUUUCGUUGCAAUUUUCUUGAAGCAAAAACAUGGCAACUUUUCCUUCUCGGAAAGCAGUUUGGGGAAUUCUUGUCACUUUUACCUUGUUGCGAAAAAUAAAGGCUUAAAAAACGACUCAAUUAGUUAGAUAAUCGGUUUAUACCAUAGCACGAGUUCGAGCCCGAGUCAAAUUUGAGUCAGAAGUCAAUUUCGAGUCACCAUAAAUUUUUUUUGUCUUGAUUUUAAGCUUUUUUUUUCUAUUUUCGUUUUGAGAUCUGUGUCAAUAUGAUCAUGGUACCAGGAAUACAAGAACACUUACUUUUAAGCUAA